AAGAAAGAGUUUCUGUGUAAAAGAAGCUCAAACCAUGGCCGGAGGAUACCAUGUGGGCUUGAGAUGGUGGGGUUUAUAGUUGGGCCUUCCUUGGGCCAUGGCGGAGUUUUCGGUUGCGAGCUGUGAAAAAAGUAGAGAAUUUGCUUGUGGCUUUUUUAUUUGCACAACUUGGUCUUAAACCAAGCCUUCACCGCCAGAGCCAGACUGGGGACAGACUCGUCGCUCGACGCCUAUUGAUAGUGAUAGUACGAAGUUAUAAAAAAAGAGGUGGAAAUCAUUCAGAUUUUGAGGUAUAAUACAGGAGUGAGAAUUUAGGAUUGCUUGCCUCUGCCGAAUUGAAGAGCAGUUGAAAACAGGUACAUCUUUUACUACUCGAAUUUAGUAUUGGAUUGGUUAUUUUCACAAACAGUUGGUAGGCUUCGUAGAAAUGAGAAAAAUGGCGAGAAUUACAUCACUGUACUCGAAUUUGCUACGUAAAGACACGCAUAGCUAUGUAUCUGUCGUGCCCAUUGCUGCUGCCUUUGCCCUGAAGCAAUUCCCUGCUGCUGCUGUAUCAGCACCUCCAACGCAUUUCUUUACUCCCGUCCUCCCUUGGUCUUCUUCUUCGACUAGCUCACACUCCAAGUCUCCAAACUCGGCUGAUGACGAUUCCACAGCAGAAGAAUCACAUGUCAAUGUUGCUGUUGCUGACGACGACGAAGAUGAUGAUGAUGAUACUGAGUUGGGAGUCUCGGAUUCGGGUCUUUCUCGAGAUGUGAAAAGCAUUGUCGACAUCUUAAGUUUACGGAGCGAGUCGCUGGGCUCUGAGAUGAAGAGGAAGCUCGAUCAAUGCGGCAUAGCAGCCUCGUCAGAGCUGGUGGCAGCGGUUCUUUCACGCGUUCGCAAUGAUUGGGAAUCGGCAUUCACCUUCUUCCUCUGGGCCGGAAAGCAGCAGCCGGGUUACUCUCACUCGGUGCGGGAAUACCAUUCCAUGAUCUCCAUUCUAGGGAAAAUGAGAAAGUUUGACACUGCCUGGGCCUUGAUUGAUGAGAUGAAGGGUCAUUCUCUCGUCACUCCUCACACUCUCUUGAUCAUGAUCAGGAGGUACUCUUGCGUUCAUGAUGUUGGCAAGGCUAUCAAUACAUUCUAUGCUUAUAAACGCUUUCACUUUGUGGCUGCCAUGGAUGACUUCCAUGGCCUUCUCUCUGCCCUUUGCCGCUACAAAAAUGUCCAAGAAGCUGAGCACUUGCUCUUCUGCAACAGAAACGCCUUCCCCUUUAACACCAAGAGCUUUAACAUUAUCCUCAAUGGUUGGUGCAAUAUCAUCGUCAGUCCCCGUGAGGCUGAGAGAAUUUGGAUGGAGAUGACCAACAGAGGUGUUGUGCACGAUGCUGUCUCCUACUCAUGUCUCAUGUCUUGCUAUUCAAAAGCCUCUAACCUUAACAGGGUGCUCAAGCUCUUCGAUCGGAUGAAGGCAAUGAAGAUUGAACCCGAUAGGAAAGUUUACAAUGCGCUCAUUUAUGCUCUUGGAAAAGGCAGACUUCUGAAUGAGGCUAUCAAUUUAGUGAAAACAAUGCAAGAUAAAGGCCUUACUCCCAAUGUUGUCACUUUUAACUCCAUCAUCAAGCCUCUCUGCAAGGCCAGGAAAAUUGAUGAGGCUAGACGCAUACUUGAUGACAUGUUGCACCAAGGCCUUCUUCCCACAAUUCAGACUUACCAUGCUUUCUUCCGUAUUUUAAGGACUGGUGAGCAAGUGUUUGAGCUCUUGGAGAAGAUAAAAAGUUUGGGUUGCCACCCAAAUACUGAUACCUACAUAAUGUUGAUUCGAAAAUUUUGUCGAUGGCGCCAGCUUGAUCACGUGUUCAAGUUGUGGAGUGAAAUGAGUGAGAAUGGAGUCAAUCCCGAUCGUAGCUCAUAUAUUGUGCUGAUACAUGGGCUAUUUUUGAAUGGAAAGCUCGAGGAAGCCUACAAAUAUUAUAUAGAGAUGAAAAAGAAACAGUAUUUGCCAGAACCAAGGACAGAAGAGAUGCUUCAGGCAUGGUUGUCCGGUAAGCAGAUUUCCACAUUCCAUACAACAGAUAAAGAAGAUGAUCAAUUGGACUGGAGUCACCUGGACAUGAACGCUAGAGUAACCCCCAAGAAAUCUCAUCAGGAAAAAGAUUUCCUUCGGCAGCUGGAAGCUAGGAAAGUUGUAAGAGAGCGGGGCUUUUCUUUGUGGGAGCCAUAGGUUUCAAUGAAAUAAGCAAUCUCAGUAGUGCCUGAUCUUGGUAUGCACAUGGUCAUGGCCGGUCACCAGCAUUUGGCAUCAAGUUUCGGUGGACUCUAUACAGGACUGAGUCAUCACAGUUAGCUCAUAUGGUCUAUAUGAUCGACGAUGGGUGGUGGGAAUGACAUGCACACAAUUGUGGUGGCUUUGUGUGCUGUUACGACUGACUUAAUGGCAUCUUAUCAUGGAAACUUUUAUUAAUAUCCCUGCAGCAUACAUUGGUGACAAUCGAUGUGUGCUGCUGUGUAGUGUUUUGCUUGCAGUUGGUGACAAGUGGCCAUAGGUAUGUAUUGUAAUUUGAAAAUGGUAUAGACAUUAUAUUUACUAAAAAUUGUAUAUUUAAUACGUAUUGGGAUAAUCUUACUAGAAUGUAUAAUCUUUAUAUGAAAAAAUUAUGCGACUGUCUUA